AUGGGGUCCUCAGCGGCCAGCAGCUGCAGCGCCCCGGGCUCGCCUUCAUCACUCGGGACGCCGGGGCUCAGACAAGGCUGCAGCCCGGAUCGCCAGCGUCCCCCCGGCACCUGCGCGCCCCACGAGGCCCACCCGGCCCCCGCCCUGGCAGCCUUCGAGCGCCUGGCUGUGAGCCAGGCCGGCGGCCUGUGGGAGCAACUGCGGCGGUUCUGGGAUGACCGCCGCUCCCGGCGGCGCUUCUCCCCGCGGCGGCCGCCGCUGCGCCGCGUCGCCUCCACGUGCACCUUCUACGUGCUGGACCACCGCACGCGCCAGGCCGAGUUCGGCCUCAGCUACGGCGCGCCGCGCACGCGCCUCACCGACGAGGCCUUCGUGUUCCGCGGCGGCCGCUGGGUCCCGGAGGGCGAGCUGGCGCGGCCACGGCCGCCGCUGCCCUCGCCGACCGUGUCGGGCUGGAAGGCGCAGGUGCACCGGGUCAAGAGCCAGGUGCUGCUGGAGGAGAACAACUACCUAAAGCUGCAGCACGAACUGCUCAUGGACAUGCUGACCGAGAUCACGGCGCGCGUGCACCUGCUGGAGAAGCAGCUCCACCCUGAGGUCGGCCCGGCGGCCGCGCGCGCCUGGCAGAGGAAGACGCGCAAGUCCGAGGGCGCCGGCGGCGUGCUCGCGAUCGAGCCGCGCGCUCUGCAGUCGCGCUGA